AUGACAAAUUGUAGCCAAUAUGUCUUGCCUGUGGAGAUGCGGUCGGGUUAUCCGGGCGCCGCACAUGGGACCAGCGAUUUUGACUAUGAGCAUCAGUCUAAAUGGUAUGACAACUAUCAGCAAUGCAGCUUUAAUCGUCAAUCACCGAUUGAAUUAAAUUCAAAUGAGGCCAUCGUUUCCUAUGACAUGCCACUAGUUAAUUUCGUGCACUACGAUGUGCCCUAUAGGACAGCUGUGAGAAGUGAGAAUAACGGACACACGGCCAAUAUACAAUUGCCUACGACCAGACGCGAUGCAGCGUACAUCACUGGUGGACCGCUCGUCGAGAAUACAACCUACAUAAUGGAGAGCCUACACUUCCAUUGGGGGUCCAAUGACUCUCACGGCUCCGAACAUGUAUUGAACAGCCAACGCUACGCCAUGGAAAUGCAUCUAUUGCACCGGAAUACCAAAUACGCGUCGGUGGAGGAGGCGCGCGAGCACGAGGAUGGCUUAGCUGUGUUGGCGGUGUUGUACGAGAGUACGGCCAGCACCGACUUCGAAGGCUUGAAUGAGGUUGUAGAUGUUUUGGAAUCAAUCUCCGAAUUCAAUCGUUCCACGGAAAUCAAAAACUUUACGCUUUCCGUUCUACUCGGCGACAUGGAUACCGCGGAGUUCUACACCUAUGCCGGCUCGCUGACAACGCCACCCUGUUCGCAAGCUGUCACUUGGGUAAUCUUCUCGCAACCAAUCAACAUUACGCACAGCCAAUUGAUGCGUUUCCACAAAAUGUCCGAUGGCCAUGGGGACACGUUGGAGAAUAAUUAUCGCGCAUUGCAGGCAAAAGGUAAUCGAAAAGUGUAUUUGCGUAACAAACGUAAAGUGCUGGAGUCAUCGGUGCAGUCGUCACUCUACUGGGAGCUGCUGAAUAAGCUGAAGGCGCAGGGUGGUGCAGCCGUUGGAGCAAGAAGAUAAACGUUGUGUGCAGAGUGGAGCGAGCCAACGGAACUUGAGUGUAUGGAAAAUUUAAGACUGAUUGAAAACCCGUUGACAUUUGUAGCUGUUUAGUUAAAAUUUGCAAUUCGAUCAUCAUUUUAUAAAAAACUACUUUAAAAUCUAAUAUUAAA